CGAAUACCAACGAUAAAUACUCGAAUCAGUCAAUAUGGCUCCAGCGAACACCGGUGCCAAAAAGCAAAAGAAGAAGUGGUCAAAGGGAAAGGUUAAGGACAAGGCCCAGCACGCCGUCAUUCUCGAUAAGGCCAUCUCCGACAAGCUCUACAAAGAUGUCCAAUCCUACCGCCUCAUCACAGUUGCCACCCUCGUCGACAGACUAAAAAUCAACGGUUCAUUGGCUCGGAGAUGUUUGGCCGAUUUGGAGGAGAAGGGACAGAUCAAGAAGGUUGUCGGACACAGCAAGUUGAGCAUCUACACUCGUGCCGUUGGUGGUGAUGAUUAGAUGUCCUCUCGCUCCGUUUCUACGAUUUCAUGACCAACCACUCUUCUUUCGAUCGAGCCUUCUCAUACGGUGUGGAAAUGGCGGACUGAAUUGGGAUGGAUUGGGCAUUUGCAAAUGGGUAUGGGAUUUGUUUUCGGUGUAGCAUACAAACGGAAGUGCUUCCUAAAUGCAAUUGAUCGUCUGAACAAGAAGCGGUCCAAAUCGAUGCUUGCGAAACUGUGAUUUGGAGGACGUCUGGCACAAUGUGAUCGACUCAGCUACGAUAGAAAUCUCUACGAAGGCAUUGUGAUCCGAAUCCUUCUCUGAAUGGGCAAUCAUUUGCUGAUUCUUUUCUUCAAUUAACUACAUGAACCGGC